AUGUCGCAGGACUUCGAGCUAGUCGCCGACCCCUCGAUCGAUGCCCCCUUCACAAGGUCUUGGAUGACCUUGGAGAACCCCUCAUCGGCAUCCCCAGCGCUCAUCGCGCUGCUCGAUAGCCAAGAAUAUCUUUCGAACCAAGUCUCCAAGCUCACGGAAAUGGUCGCUGAUCUCAAGGUUGGGCCUCGCAGCAGGCGAUCUUCCGCAAGCAGCCGAAAGAGCGGAGAUUCAGAUGUCACCAACCCCAUCGAAAAUGAGGCCGUCGAUUCUUUCAUUGAGGAUGAGGACAUCCUCACCAUCUUCGGAGCUUUCGUCGCCGAAACAGGUCAUCCGCUCAACUACGGGGGCAAGUUCCGUGACGCAGCUGUCGACAGGAUCAAGGCGUCCUGGGACCCUGAUACUCUUGAUGAAGUUAUCGCUCGCCUCCUGUCGCUCGAAGAUCACGAUGUCAUCCGUCUUUACACCGGCCUAAGUGCUCAGCACCGUGAGAGAAAGGCCGGGGGCAAGGGAAAGAAGUCCGCGGUCCAAACCCGCACCGAGUCUUUUCAGACGGCCAUCGACGGUGAGGAUACCACUCCUCACGGUCGAGGAGAGAAGAGAAAGGCUCCAAAGACUCCUGCUCGUCGCCGCCAGCGCGUUAACCCUUCUGCCAAUACCAUAAGAACGACCAUGAGGGGAGACUUUACAUCAGAUCUAUGGUACGUUACCUAA